UUCUGUUAAAAAACAACACCUGCAUUUAACGUGUGCACUCAAUGAAAAUGAAUCAUAGACCUACCUCCAAUCCUGGCUAUAAUGGCGUGCUGGUGUCCGUGUCCCGGGCAUUUAGCAAGAACACGGUCUCCAACUCGAUAUGCAUCCAAGUCUUUCCUUGGCUGAAUAACAUUUGACAAACUUAAUACAUUCCCUUGUUUGAAGUUGUCUACUUCCCAAAGGAAUAUUCCAAUAACUGCUUUUGCCAUCGCAAAUCUUCAAAAAUCAAGCGCUUCACUGUGUUGUGUAACAGAAUCUUCUUGAAGGCGAUUUGAAAGAAACGUAAGCGUGUGCACGUGACUUUCAGGUCGCACAGCCAGUGGAUCGGUCAGUGGACCCCCAUCGUGUUUAUACUCUCCAACCAGAUUAACCUCUACAAAGGACUUUAAGCAAUGUUUUUUUCCGUAAAUAUACUAGAUCUCCAUAGCGAAGCAAAGAAGAAAAAUGCAUUUUUCUUACAAUUAACUUUAACUAGUUUCUUCUUCUUCUCCAAUUUGUUUUAUGUCCUUUGUGUUCAGUACCUAUUUAUAUAUAUAGACCCUCUACCGUAAGGCAUGCCCCUCCCAGGUCUUUGUAAACCCCGGAUCGACAUGUUUGUAUGCAUAUGUACUGUACAUACACAUUCACAUUCACGGCUGGUCAAGAUAAUUUGAUGGUCACAGAGCAGGUAACUGAAGACAAUUUACGUGACUUUUCGUUAACCAAAUCCAAUUAUUCAUUAUUCUCAUAAUGCUUUAUUAAUUACAUAAAAUAAUAACUUUAUCCAUUGUAUAUAUGUUGAGCUCCUGCCGCCUUGCGAUCCACACAAAGCCUUUUUGGUUCAGACAUGUUCGAUUCGUCACCCUCCUCGGAUAUUUAAUAAUGAAGAAGAAGAAAUUGUACGAUUUAUGUAGUGUGCCAACUAAUUAUGAAUUUCAUUCAUUUAUUUUUUCAUAAUUUAACAAGAGAUCUGUAUACACAUGUACAAAAUACAUCCUGGUACGUUUUUUCUUCACAAAAUGUAGAUCUACAAGCCGUAAAUCACACGGUUAACUAUAGCUGCAUAUUGGCGAGGAAUGGAUCCGAGUCGCAUUGACAUUGACUCAUGUUUGUGUCCAGACGGCAAGUGGCAGUGUCCAGUGGGAGACUGCAAUCAAAAACUAUCUCGAAAGCAAACUUUGAAGCAACACAUAACAUCGUUACACGAUAUAGACGUGAGAUGGGAAGUAAAACAAUACAAGCUGUAUGAGUUCGACCAAUCAAUACCUGUCCCCAGAAGUACACAGGCAUGGAAAAGGAAGCGGCUACGUGAGACUUCAACUUGCAGUUCAUCAGCAUCACCAGAGAAGCCACCAGACAUUGGAGAAGUGAGAGAUAUUAGUGAACAAAUUACAUGUAGUUCAGACUCCGAUAUGGAAAUUUGUACCUCAGGCUCUGAUAUAGAGCAUGCUUAUACUGACCAUGAUGACGAUGAAGCAAACGACGAUGAAAAUAGAUAAUAGUGAAACACAUCCAGGAGCAGUCGGUGAUGAUGCACCUUUAUAUGUGAUACCUCCGCAAAAUGAUCUUUUUUCAUCUCCAAUAUCACUGAAAGAUCACAUUCUUGUUUCUUGUGCAUUAAUGUCAAGACACAAUACAUCAGAUACUAUGUUCAAACACCAACUACAGUAUCUAAGACUUCAUCUUCCUGCAACCACUAUCAUAGAGCCUAAUGUUGACAAACUCAAGCAAAUGUGUGGAUUUGAAGACAGUUUUAUGGAAUUUUAUAAAUUUUGUAACAUUUGCUCAAAGGUGUUUCCAGACCAAAACAGUGAAUGUCAAACACCAAACUGCACUGGCAGGAAGAAAGAAAGUAGU